AUGACGGUACCGGUACAGCGAAAUUCGAUGGCCGUGCUACAGCCUCCGCGGUCACGGUUCAUGAUCACCGAUAUCCUGGGCGGUGGUCAGAACCACCACAAUCACCACCACCAGACGGGGGGUCACCAGGGUGGCGGUGGCGGAACUGAUAGUAUUAACGGAAGCAGUAGCGAGGGCCGAACGCCCAGUCCGGGUCCCCGGGAUCUGAGCAUCGUAGCGGGGCACCAUCUGCAGCACCAGGGCAGCGCCGUGCUGACCCCCGGUGGACAGCAUCACCUCGGGUUGCAUCAUCACCAUCUGCACCACCAUCACCAACUGGACGACGAUCAGGAUGUUAAGAGUGAAACCGAAAGCGACGACAGCUGCCCGCUGGAUAAUUCCAGUGUGUGCAGUAACGGCCUCAAGGACGAGGAUGGCAAUAGCAUAAAGAGUGGCCUGGGACUGAGCGGCACAGCCGGUUUGAGUAAAAAGCAGCGAAAAGCGCGGACAGCCUUCACCGACCACCAGCUGCAAACGCUGGAGAAGAGCUUCGAGCGGCAGAAGUAUCUGAGCGUGCAGGACCGGAUGGAGCUGGCCAACAAGCUGGGCCUGAGCGAUACCCAGGUGAAGACGUGGUACCAAAACCGAAGAACCAAAUGGAAGCGACAAACGGCAGUGGGGCUGGAGCUGCUGGCGGAAGCUGGCAACUACGCUGCCUUCCAGCGAUUGUACGGAGGACCGCCCUAUAUCGGCGGCUGGCCUUACCCAACGCAGGCUGGACCUCCGGGAGCACCGCAGAGUGCCGUGGAUGCCUACUACCGACAUGCGGCCGCUGCAGCAGCGCUGCAAAAACCACUACCGUACAGAAUCUACCCCGGAGUGCCCGGUCUCGGGACACUAAACACCAUUCCAGGCCCGAGCGCACCGUUCCCGCACCUUUCGGCGUCGACGUCGCUGUCGACGCUUAGCAGUUACUAUCAAGCCAGCAGUCAACAGGUUGCAGCAGCGGCAGUCGCGGCCGCCAACAGUGCGGGACACCCCGGAAGCAACUGCAGCCCGGGUGCAACCGGUAGCAAUGGAAGCGCGAAUAACGGUGGCAGCGGCAACAACAACCACGGAAGCACCAGCAGCCUCAGUAGUCAUCCUCGGCGAUCGCCCAGCCCAACGCUCAAUCCGGGCAGUCCGCCGGGCCGAUCCGAGAGCAAUCCUCCCAGCGACGACGAAGACGAAAACAUACAGGUUUGA